UUAGCAUCUGCAACUUUUGAUCAUCGUCUUUAAUGUUUCUAGUUCUUAGACUCUAUUAAUGCAGAUCACCAUCAAAUCAUAUGGGGUUACUCUACAAAAGUUUAAGCUUUUACCAAGUGAAUUCACACUCAAAUAUAUCAAGCAAUAUCCUCCCAUGAUCUAUGCAAUACCUCCACCCAAGACGACCUCCAUGACUCCAACCAUGAAAGACAUACCACACUGCUUCGCAUCUGCAUGUGCCUUCUGGCCAUCGUCUUUAACGUUUCUAAUUCUUGUGCUCUCAUGUCCUCCCAUAUCCACCUUGAAUUCAAGCAACGAGAACAUCGAUCGCCUCGCGCUCCUGUCCUUCAAGUCCCUCGUGUCCGAUCCAAUCCGAGCAUUGGCCUCCUGGAACGAUGAAUCCCUCCAUUUCUGCCGGUGGCGAGGUGUGACAUGCCGCAACCAGAGUCAUCUGCCGAGGGUCACAGCUUUGGAACUGGAGUCUCUCGAUUUGGCCAGUAAGAUCUCUCCAUCUCUAGCCAACCUCACCUUCCUCCGGAGGCUCCACCUCGCCGACAACCGACUUCACGGUCCCAUCCCGCAGGAGCUCGGCCUGCUUUCCCAUCUUCAACGUCUAAACCUGAGCUCCAACGCUCUAAGAGGAGCCAUCCCACGCAACCUUGGCCGCUGCUCAGAACUACAAUAUAUGGAUUUGUCAAACAAUCUCCUUGAAGGAGAGAUUCCCAAUGAUCUCGGUGCCUUGUCAAAGCUGAAAAUUCUCUACCUCGGGGGCAACCAUCUCACAGGAAGCAUUCCUCCAGAUAUAGGGAAUCUCGUCAGUCUAAGACGACUUUAUUUGCAUGAAAACCAACUCAUCGGUUCUAUCCCAUCUGAGAUCGGAAACAUGACAAGUUUGACUAUUCUUUCUUUGUCUGUCAACCAGCUUUCAGGAUCUGUUCCUCUAGAGAUCGGGAAGCUUGUCAGGCUUGAAGAACUUUACUUGGGCGUUAACCAACUCACAGGCGUCAUCCCACACAACCUUAGCCAUUGCUCCGAACUACAGUACAUUUACCUGGAAAAUAAUACACUUGAAGGAGAGAUUCCUAGUGAUAUCGGUUCUUUGUCAAAUCUGAAGCUUCUCGCACUCGGGAGCAACCACCUCAGAGGAAGCAUACCUCCAGAAAUUGGGAACCUUGCGAAUUUGAUUGCUCUCGAUUUGUCAAGCAACAACCUUGAACAUUCUAUUCCUCCGGAGAUCGGGAAUCUCGUCAGUCUAAGUGAACUUAUUUUGCAUGAAAACCAACUCACGGGCAAAAUCCCAUUGGAGAUUGGAAACCUUUCGAAUCUGACUAUUCUUGACUUGCCUCGGAAUAAGCUUUCGGGAUCUGUUCCUUCAGAGAUUGGGAACCUUGUCAGACUCAAACAACUUUAUUUGGAUAGCAACCAAAUCACCGGCGUCAUUCCUGCCUCGAUAGGGAACUUGACUUCUCUUAUUUUGCUUGAUCUCUCGUAUAAUCAACUUGUAGGAGACAUCCCACCCGACCUUAGUCACUGUUCAGAACUACAAAAUGUUGCUUUGGAUAAUAAUACACUUGAAGGAAAGAUUCCGAGCGAUAUUAGUUCCUUGACAAAGUUGAAAUUUCUCUACUUAGCGUACAACCGUCUCACAGGAAGCAUUCCUCCAGAAAUUGGAAACCUUGGGAAUUUGUCUGUUCUUAGUUUGUUUAGCAACCGUCUCACAGGAAGCAUUCCUUCAGAAAUUGGAAGCCUUGUGAAUUUGAAUGAUCUCAGUUUGUAUAGCAACAAACUUGAAGGCCCUGUUCCACGGGGGAUCGGGAAUCUUGUCAGACUAAGUAUACUUCUUUUGCAAGAUAACCAACUCACUGGAAUUAUACCACCUGAGAUUGGAAACCUCGUGAAUCUAACUGUUCUCGAUUUACUGUACAAUGGCUUUGUGGGCCAAGUUCCUGCAGCGAUCGGAAACCUCACUUCCCUCACUUGUCUUGGAGUGUCAUUCAACAAUCUUGGAGGGGUCAUCCCACCCUCCAUUUGGAACCUCUCCUCUCUCAGAACCUUAGAUCUCGAGAACAACAAUUUUACUGGGUCUAUUCCGCCGGAUAUGGGAAUCACACUUCCCCUUCUUGAAGUACUAAACAUCAACGACAACCAGUUUUACGGGCCUCUUCCAAUUUCACUGUCCAAUGCUACCAACCUCAUCAACAUUCAACUAUAUAAGAACAGAUUCACAGGCACCGUACCCAGAGGUUUGGGAUCCUUACAGAAGGUAGAUCACUUUGAUCUUUGUUAUAAUCAGCUAGAAGCAAGGAAUGCUGUCGAAUGGGGCUUCCUGGAUGAUUUAGCCAACUGUAGCAGCCUGAAAUAUUUGCAAAUAACAAGCAACAAGCUCGGAGGCUUCCUGCCACGAUCGAUCGUCAAUUUUUCUACUACCCUGGAAUGGUUUGAAAUCGACGACAACCACAUAUCUGGGAGCAUUCCGGCAGAGAUCGGCAACCUGGUUUCUUUGACCUCGGUUCGGAUGAACUCGAACCUUUUCACUGGUAAAAUCCCUGCAACAGUGGGAAACCUUUCGAAUUUACAUAUAAUGGACUUGAGUAGGAACUGCUUCACAGGAGAAAUCCCAGCAACCCUUGGCAAUCUAACUCGGCUAUUCGAACUCCGCCUGCAUUCGAAUCAACUGCAAGGAUCCUUACCUCCGAGUCUUGGAAACUGCCCUCUGAAUCUCUUGGAUCUUUCAGUCAACAAGUUAAAUGGCACAGUGCCGAAAGAAAUUAUGGCCAUCCCCACCCUCACCAGGUUACUUAAUGUAUCUUACAAUUCAUUGGAAGGAUCUCUGCCAUUUGAAGUUGGAAAACUAAAAAAUAUUGGUGAAUUCGACAUCUCUGGCAACAGACUAUCAGGUACAAUUCCAAGAACCCUUGGUGACUGUCAACAACUCGACAGUCUUGACAUGGCAGGGAAUUCAUUCCAGGGAUCAAUCCCUUCGUCAUUUAGCCAGCUGAAGGGGCUCCAAUCGCUGGAUCUUUCAAGAAACAACUUGUCCGGGCUCAUACCAGAAUUUCUUGGGAAUUUUAAGUUCUUGAGCUAUCUGAAUCUCUCAUUCAACAAUUUUGAGGGUGAGCUUCCAAAACAUGGCAUCUUCACAAACCUCAGUGCGUUCUCUGUGCUUGGAAAUAGUAAGCUUUGUGGGGGUGUCCAAGCUCUGAACCUGCCUCCCUGCCCCACCCGGUCAUCACAUUUAUCCCGGAAGCUGGUAGCCGCGAUCUCAGUUGCCGGGGGAAUAAUAUGCCUAAUCUUUCUCCUCGCUUUGUUUGGCAUUCAUCGUUGGAUACGUAAGUCGAAGAAGGAGCCUCGUGCCGCAGACAACAGAAUGGUUCCACAUAUGAUGGUCACAUAUGCCGAGUUGCUAAGAGCUACAGAUGGUUUCUCUUCUGCUAAUCUCAUCGGCGUGGGAAGCUUUGGUUCGGUGUACAAAGGGUUACUCAAUUAUGAGGAAUACCAACUUGUUGCCGUCAAGGUACUCAACCUCCAACAGAGAGGAGCUUCAAGGAGCUUCGUUGCUGAAUGCGAAGCGCUGAGAAAUGUCCGGCAUCGGAACCUCGUCAAGAUUUUAACAGCUUGCACAAGCACAGAUUACCGGGGAAAUGAUUUCAAAGCUUUGCUUUAUGAGUUCAUGCCGAAUGGGAGCCUAGAGAAGUGGGUGCAUCCAGAAGCAAACGAGCAAGGUCAGACGCGGGCGUUAAGCCUUAUCCACAGGUUAAAUAUAUUGAUCGAUGUGGCCUCCGCGUUAGAUUACCUCCACCACCAUGGACCAGAGCCGAUUGUCCACUGCGACAUAAAGCCAAGCAAUGUUCUUUUGGACCAUGACAUGGUAGCUCAUGUUGGAGACUUUGGAUUGGCGAGGUUCCUCAACAGAAGCCCCACUGAAGCAUCUCAAAUAUCUUCUACCUCCAUGAACAUCAAGGGGUCCAUUGGUUACGUUGCACCAGAGUAUGGAGUGGCCAACAAAGUUUCGGUCGAAGGGGAUGUCUACAGUUACGGGAUACUUCUGCUGGAAACACUCACGGGGAAGAGGCCUACCGGUGAAAGUUUCAUGGACGGUCUCAGCCUUCCUAUAUAUGUGGAGAUGGCACUCCCGGAGCGGGUCUCCGAAAUCAUCGAUCCAAACCUGCACUUCGAGGAAGGUGAAUCUGCAAAUGGUCACAUUCAAGGCACCGAUUACAUUGGAGACAAAGCAGUGGAGUGCGUGAACUUGUCGCUCAGGAUCGGCGUCAGGUGCGCCAAGGAAUCCCCACAAGAACGAAUGCUGAUGCGAGAUGUCAUCAGUGAAUUAACUGCAAUCAGGAACGGAUGGAUCCACCACUAGAUUAUGAUCCGGAAUCGGGAAGCACAAGGGAUUGUUAGAGAGGUUGCUUGCUCGAUCCUUCUGAAUAAUAAUAAUAAUAAUAAAAGUAGCUGUGUGGUAUUUGUUUUCUUUUCGUUUCUUUUUCUCACUCACCUAAUUAAUAUACGGUGCU